AAACAAAAUCCAUGAAAUCAUUUAGAUUUGAUGAUAGUUGAAUAAUAGCUUCUGACGGUGUCUCCAUCACAUCAACGCGCUUCCUUUCCGUGCACUCUUAAACACUAACUCGUACGCGUUGAUGCGAACCUUCCCAUUUUCAAACACACGUCUGAAAUGGUUACGGCUAUGGGUUCGAUUCUACUGGGUUUCGGUCUCGGAGUGGUGGCCAUUGUUGCUGCAGAAGCUCUGGGACUGUUAUGGAUCAUGAAACGGUUGCGGCACAAGAUCAAGCAUGACGAAGCCACCCUCUCUUCCCAAACCCAUUUCGCUAUUACACAGUCACUGCUUGAUCCCCAACAGUCUCUUGACUUUGCGUUUAAAAAGCAGGGUGUGGUUUGGGUUCUAGAAUCAGGAAAAAUUCCAGAACCAUCAAGAGAACAAAAAAGAAAAAAGGAGCUCUUGGAGGUUUCCCCUGUUAAAAUGUAUGGACAAAUGAAGGGUCAAUCGCUAAUUCUGAGAGGCUCUGAUGGUUUGAGCACAACUAUUGAACUCAAGGGCUGCACAGUUCAAGCUGUGUCAGCAUCAAUCCUUUCUUCAAGAAAAUGGGCAAAAAAGUUUCCCAUCAAAGUGGAAAGCAAGACCUCUGUCAUAUACAAUGGAAGCAAAAUUAUUUACAUAUAUCUUGAAACUUCAUGGGAGAAGGAAGCAUGGUGUAAGGCUCUCUAUCUGACUUCAUGUGAUAAAAAAGAAAAAGUUAAACAGGCUACCCAGUUGCAUGAAGAGUUUCAUAGUUAUCUGACAUCCUUAAAUUCUUUAUACCAUUCUUUUAUGAAACCAUCGGUGGGAUCAAAUAUUGAGGCCAUAGAAAGAGCUAGUAGACCUGAUGGUUCGUCCUCGAAGGUUCGUCAAUUUUUGAAAAAGUUUGCUAAAAGAACUUCCCGAGUUGGUUUGGAAAAUAUAUCAACUUGGACCUCACUGUCAGGCCAUGAGAUGAAGAAGAACACCGAGAAGCUUCGUGCUUGCCAAGAUGCAAUUUUGGCCACUAGAUUGUUGAAGACUACUUCAACAUCAAAAGUUCUUAAAAAUUGCUCAGUAGAUGAUGUUCCACCAUUACCUUCAAAGUCAUGUCAUUCAGGAAGUCAGAGUCUUAACUCUGUCAGCUCUGAUGCAGAAGCUGAUGAAAAGUUUGGUAUUGAUGAAGGAACGUUAUGUUGGAAUUUGAUGAUUUCCCGGCUCUUUUUUGAUGCUAAAGGCAAUGAGCAGUUAAAGAGAUCCAUGCAAGCAAGGAUUCAGAAAACAUUGUCCAAUAUGAGAACUCCCAGUUAUAUUGGUGAAGUUAUCUGUACCAACAUCAAUAUUGGGAAUGUUCCACCUUGUAUUGCAGGAAUGAGGGUUCUUCCUAUGGAAAUGAGUGAGGUAUGGGCCUUAGAAGUUGACAUUGAAUAUUCUGGAGGUGCUGUAUUAGAGAUUGAAACCAGGCUUGAGGUUCGUGAACUAGAGCUCCAGGCAGGGACACAGGACUCAAAUCCACAGCCAAACAAUGCUGGAGCUGUCCCAUCAGAUCUUCUUGAAGGUUUUGAAUAUAUUGGAAAGCAAUUAAAUUUUGCAGAAAGAACAAAUGAUUUACUAGAGCAAAAAGAAUAUGGUGAUGGGAACUCAGAUGUGUUUAAGAGCACUGUGUCUUCUUUAAAUAAUGGAUCAAGAUGGAAAUCUAUAUUAAAUUCUGUUGCCAAACAGGUUUCACAGGUUCCUCUCUCUUUGGCAAUAAAAGUAGCUUCCCUCAGAGGGACAUUGCGCUUGCAUAUAAAGCCACCUCCCUCUGAUCAAUUGUGGUAUGGUUUCACAUCAAUGCCAGACAUUGAUUUCAACUUGGAGUCGUCUGUUGGGGAACAUAAGAUAACUAGUGGACACUUUGCUUUAUUCCUGCUCAAUAGGCUAAAGACAGCAAUUCGGGAAACUUUAGUGCUCCCAAAUUGUGAAAGUGUAUGCAUCCCAUGGAUGUUAGCAGAAAAGGAUGAUUGGGUUCCUCGGAAUGUUGCUCCAUUUAUAUGGAUUAAGCAAGAAUUUGGAAAUGGGACUUCCACUUCAAUUGAUUCCAAUAAUCAACCUUCUGUUGGAGUGAAAGCUAGGUUGGAAGCUACUGCAAGCAGCUCAAGCAAUGAUCCGGAGCACAAAAAACAAAAUCCAGAGAGUACCGAAUCUAGUCCAGAAAGCAAAUCUUCAGAUUCUCUAGCACUUCCAUUAAGUUCUAAUUCAGUAACACUAGAAAGCAGCAGGAGUCUGGAAGAGCUGACAACACCUUUGUUAGUGAAUGACAAACCUCAGGAAACUAAAGAUUUGAAAGAAUUUAGGACACCAUUGUUACAGAAUGACAAGCAACUUGAAACUAAUGAACAAAAUAUGGAGAAUAAUUCGGAGUUCCAAGCACAGCACAAAAGUGUGCUGGAGAAACCAAAUCAUUCUAUUGAACAGGAAGAUGGACUGCCAAAGAAAAUGGGUAGAAGGGAAAGGAUGCUUGAUUUGGGCAAGAAGAUGAGCGAGAAAUUGGAAGAGAAAAGGCGCCACAUUGAAGAAAAGAGCAGACACAUUGUCGAGAAGAUGCGGGGACCGUAAGAAAUAGAAACCAAGUAAAUUACAAAAUGUUUAUGAUCUGUUGAACUUCUGAAAGACAAACUAUCCAUACAACAGCAGAAUGUGGGGUAUCAGAUAUUGUUCACUAAAUGCGGUUUGUACUUUCUGAAUGCUUAGAUGAUCAAAAUUAGAAUGCAGCUAGAUUACACUCAUGAUCCUAGCGCAAUAAAAAUUGUUAAUUAAUGUAGUGUUGUAAAUUUGCCGUAGCCACAGGGACAUCAGAAAAUUUGUUUAAUAUCAGUACUAUUGAUUCAUGCCCAGUCUUAUAUUUGAGAUAUUUUUUUUAUUAUUUU